AUGCUGGAGAUUGUCACCCCGCCAGACACGGUGUUGAAAGGCUUUGUCGCCGACGAUGACUCUGCGGGUCGCCUGGUGUUUGUCCAUCUUCCGCCAACUCUGAGCGCACCAGCGCCGGAACCACUCGCGCCGCACUUUUCAGAUGUGCUGCGUCCUUACGACCCGCGUCGCCCGCACCCGCGUGCCCCCAGUCCGCCCCCGCAGACGGGCCUCGACAUUCGCGAGAGCCUCACCGCACUCCUUGAUCUGGCCGACACGCUCGAGGCCACUCAGCUCCUGCUUGUCCUCGACAAGGACGAGCGUGAACCCGCACCCCUCGCCGAGCUCAUGCACGCGCUUAUGUUCGUUGGCGGCACACCCGUCCGUCCGGGCGCGUCCGUUGGCGACUGGGAGUGGGACGCUAGGCGAUGGGCGCUUGUGAGCAUCGAGCUGUAG